AUGCCGCGACGCCGCGACAGCAGCCUCGCCGCUGCUGAGCUCGGCGUGCAGGUCGAGCUCGAGCCCUUUCACGACGACAGCUUCCCCCUCGCCUCACCCACAUCCUCCUCCUCCUCCUCCUCCUCCCCCGACGACCACGACCACCCCGACUCGCCUCUCCUCCAGCCAACCUCCUCCACACAGCCCUCCGCCUCCUCCGCCGUGCCCAAAUGGCUAUCACCACCGCCCUACGCCUCCCGCCGCGGCGCCGCCCGACACCUGCUGCACCUCGCGCACAUCCUGCGGCCGCGGCGGUCCUGGCGGUGCCUCGCCUUCCACCUCGUCGCCCUGUACGCGCUCGUGUGCGUCCUGCGCGGCGAACCCUUCUUCGCCUCCAACCUGCCCACCGGCCACCGCUACGGCGGCGCCCCCGAGGCGGCCCCCUACGACGUCGGCACCGUCGACCUCGAGGUGCCGCUGAUUGAGCCGCGCCGGCUCUCCGAGACGGCCCUCAAGGCCUCGGGCCAGCCCGCCUUCGUGCUCGAGUCCGUCCUCUUCAGCCUCUACUAUCCCGUCGCGCGCGGCGCCCGCGCCGCCGCCGGCACCUCGCCGCACCUCUGGGUCCCGCGGCCCGUCAGCCUCACCGCCGCGGGGCUCGCGCGCCUCGCCCACGCCGACUACUUCUUCGUCCGCCCCAUCCUCACCUUCCUCCUCUGGGCCGUCGCCGGCCGCAUCGAGAUCCCCGCCAAGGUCGACGCGCCGCUGCUGCAGCUCAUGGCCACCGCGCCCGGACACAACGACACCGCCGGCCUCCCCGUCGUCGUCUUCUCCCACGGCAUGGCCUCCUCCCGCACCGACUACACCGCCUACCUCUCCGCGCUCGCCGCCCGCGGCGUCGUCGUCGCCGCCCUCGAGCACCGCGACGGCAGCUGCCCGGGCACCAGCGUCCGCGUCCGUGGCAAGCCCGACCGCGACGUGCUGCACUUCGACACGCGCCACGUGCUGUCCACGCCGCCCAUGGACGCGCCCGCCAUGAAGCGCGAGCAGCUCGCCUUCCGCGAGGCCGAGAUCCGCGAGGCCGUCAAAGCGCUCGGUGCCAUCAACGACGGCCACGGCCGCCAAGUCUACGACCAAAACUCCCGCAGUGAGGGCACCACCCUCCAGGAGUGGACCGGCCGCCUCGACCUGUCGCGCCUCGUCAUCGCCGGCCACUCCUACGGCGCCACCGGUGCCCUGCAAGCCCUACGCCCCGACUCCUGGAGCGCCUCCUCCUCCUCCUCCUCCUCCUCCGACUCCUCCUCCGACUCCGAGUCCGCUUCCGCCGUCGCCCCCGCGGCCGGCGUCAUCCUCGACCCGGGCAAGAGCAGCGGCCCGCUCAACGCCGACGUCGACGUGCCCCUGCUCGUCGUCAACUCCGAGGCGUGGUCCCGCGGCCCAAGCCCCUUCUUCGGCCGCCCGCACUUCGGCACCGUCCGGGACCUCGUCGCCGAUGCGCUCAACCGCACCGCCGCCGCCUGGUUCCUCACCGCCCGCGGCACCGCCCACCCGUCCGUCACCGAUGCGCCGCUCCUAGAGCCCCUGCUGCUCUCCGCCGUCACCGGCGCCCGCCUCGACGCCCGCGCCGCCCUCGCCCAGUACGUCAACGCGACCGCCGAGUUCCUCGACGCCGUCCUCCCCACCGGCGCGUCCCCGAGCCACCUGCUCGCUGAGGGCGUCACGCACGAGGAGUACGGCACGUGGGUGAGCGAGGAGCGCGAGGAAGCGUUUCCCAACGAGCUGGCGCGUCUGUGGGAGGUCCACGUGGCCCCUUGA